AAAAAUGUUUAUCAAGAGCACGCGUUUUUGAAUGGCACAAACGGUUUUGCAAUGGAAGAGAGGACGUGGAAGACGAUGAUCAUUCUGGACGUCUUACCACAUGUUCAAAAAACGAAAACGUUGAAAAAAUCGACAAAAUUAUUCGGCAUGAUCGUCGAUUAAGUGUUGAAGCUGUAGCAGAGAUGGUAAAUAUUGACACUUUAUCUUCUACAUUUAAACUGCUGCCGUAGUUAAAAAAACACUAUUUUUUGUUAAAAUUUUCAACUUAAAAAUGCUAUAACUUGUUGAAAAAUGUAUAUAUCAGCACAAAUUUUUUUUUUCUAAAUACAUUAUAAGUACAUCUUUCAUUUGACAUACUUUUUAUUAAAAUUGGACAAUUUCCCCUUAUAUAGGGGGCGUCCAAAACUUGAAAUAUUGUAAAAAACAUAGAUCUUUUUCAACUUAAUUUUUGAAUAUGUUCCGGAAAUACUGCGUCCUUUAAACAAAUAUCAAAUUAAAGCUUAUUUUAUGUACUAUAAAAUGAAAAAAAAAAAUUUGUCCCGACAACCUAUCUUCUAUGCGCAAAUGGCUACCAUAUUAAAAAUAUGCUAUUUUAACAAAUUUUUUUUUUUAAUUAAACACUAUCUACAGAUUUGCAUCGAAGCGUUUUUUAUGAUAGUGAUUUUAAUCACUGUCAGAUAUCAUCUAUACUGGACCCAACUAUGCCACGAUCCCACUGUGCCGCCACCCCACUGUGCUGGGUUUUUAUAUCUAACAUUUUUCGGCAGUAUAGUCGAAUUCGCACUAAUAACAAGGUUACUAACGCAUAAGAAAAUUAACCGAUUUCAUCAGUGUUUAUAGUACUUUUAGAUAAGUGUUUCCUAAUCAUCUUUCAAUAAUAGUUUUAUAGAUAACGUUAAUAGUUUAGGUUAUAUUUAGAAAGUCUCGUUAUUUUAUUGUCACACCUCGUAUUUUAGAUGCGCAAGUAGAAAUGUACUCAUCAUCAGAGUCUGUCGUUGCUAAAGAUGAUUUUAACAAGCCUGGACCGUCUAAAAUGUACGUUAAACAACCAACUAGAGGAAGUAUUGAUUUUAUUAUGCCAAAACAUGCAGCUGCACUCGAUAAAUGCAAAAUUAGUGAUAGAGAUACAGUUCAUAUAUUAAUUUCAACAGCAGAGGCAUUAGGACAAAAAAGUGUUGAUCGACUUCCCAUUAUUACUUUAUGUAAUGGUGAGAGUCAAUUACUAGGAGUUCCAGCAAUUGAUACGGGAACAGGGGUUGAUCAGCCUGAUGCUGUUUUUCAUUUAUUUAUUGAUUGGUGUAUUACAGAAAAUGCACAGGCUUUUUGCUGUGAUACUACGGCUUCAAAUAUGGGUAAAUUGAAAGGUACUUGCGUGUUAUUAGAAAAUUACUUAGAACUUAAUAUUUUGUACUUACCAUGUCGACACCACAUCUACGAGUUAAUAUUAAAAUGUGUUUUUGAAGUUAAAUUAUAUCUAACAUCUGGUCCUGAUGUACCAAUAUUUAAACGGUUUCAACAAAAUUGGAGGAAUAUAGAUACUAACAAAUUUGAGCCAGGUAUAAUGAGCGACAUUGUAAAAAAAUAUUAAAUGAUGUAUUUACUAUCUUCGCAAAUAACUAUUUGCUUAUUAAACAACCCAGAGAAGAUUACAGAGUUUUUAGAACUAACAAUUAUUUUUCUUAGUGGAGUUUCCUUUAGAGUUCCGGGAGCUAUCCAUCAUUCUAGAUGGAUGGCAAAAGCUUUUUAUUGCUUAAAAAUAUUUAUAUUGCAAAACCAAUUUAAUUUAACCCAAAAAGAAGAAAUGUCAAUAGCUAGCAUUUAUAUAUUUAUUAUUAGAUUAUACGUAAGAGCUUGAUUUAGUGCACCACUUGCUUCUAAUGCACCAUACCAAGAUUUAAAUUUUUUAAAAGAUUUGGUAAAUUAUCAGUCUAUAGAUAAAAAUAUAUCAGAAGUUACAGUUAAAAAAAUGUGUGGUCAUUUAUAGUAUCUAUCGCCAGAGAAUACGGUAUUAUCACUUUUUGAUACUAAUGUUCCAUUUGAUACAAAGAGCAAAAUUAUAGCUGCUCUAAAAAUGUAUACAGAUGAUGAUGUACCAAAAAAAUAUUUAUUGAAUACAAAAGAAGCUACUAGAAUAUUAAAUAAAAAUCUUGAAGAUUUUAUUUGUGGAAAAUCAAUGCAAUUUUUCAAACGUUUUAGUAUAGAUACUAGUUUUCUCACCAUUGACCCAUCAUUAUGGAGCACUGACGAAAAUUUCAAAAUAUCAAUAGACCUUAUUAAUAGCAUUAAUGUAGUAAAUGAAAUAACUGAAAGGAGUGUUAAACUAAUGGAGGAGUUUAAUACGAAAAUAACAAACGAUGAAAAACAAAAACAAUAUUUGCUUCAAGUAGUAAAUGAUUACCGCAGUAAAUAUCUAGAUUUCAAAAAGAGUACUCUUUAAAUAAUUAGUUGAAUGAUU